ACGUGCCAUGAACAUGGAGUUCUUUCGUGUCUCGUGGUAUUUAGAGCUUACAAAAGCCUAUCGAGUUUAACGAACGUGCCAACCAAAACUUCUGCAGUUUACGGAUACGCCGCGAGGAGCGAGAAAUUCGUUACAAUUGACUGACGUUUAGAAGCUCAGAGUGGAUUAUUACCAUUAGUUUUCGGUGUUGUGUGCAUCUAGUGCGCGGGUUUUGAGAUCCUCAAAGUUGUGUGUCCUGUGCUGCUGCUGCAAGCGAGAGAUCGGCCUUGUUUCUCUUCUCGAGAUUUUGUGCGCGUUCGACCGCUGUCAAUUCGCUGUUGCGCUACGAAACUUGACUCGCGAAAAUAGGUGGUUUAAUAAUUACGAUUUCAUAUUGAUCUCAAUCAGUGUUACGUGCCGCCGUGUGUCAAUCGAAAAUAAUACUUUUUUGCUUAACCUCGGUGAGCCAAAGUGUCGCGAACAGGUACGCCCAUUUGCGGAAACACUUCGUAAUAAUUUUCGUACUAAACAAUAAUGUUGAGUGACAGGUGACGUGCGAUUGUAAAUUUCGUACGUAACGAUUGGCAAUGAAGAGAUCAAGGACCCGCUCGAAAGUGUCAUUCCUCGUGGCGUGCAAUUGGUGAUAUCGAGACUGAAAACAUUGAAUGUGGAACACGAUAACGCGUCUCUUUGCUAAGGGCAAAUCGACGGAGUACGGUGAAGAGCCGAUCGUCGAGGAGACCGAAAACGAUAAAAACAUCGGUAAAUACGGAAACGCUUGUACGACGAAGCUCCGAGAAUUAAGAAAGGAGAGCUCAUCGAGGAUUCAUCAAUUUUCGAAUAGUGAGUGCUACGAAAACGGGGUGCCGUUGCCCAAAGUACCAUCUGUCCAUGUUUUCGUCCCGAUGGAACGUAACAUGGGCGAUGAAAGACGCAGACCAAAUGCCGGUGCUCACGGUGACCAUCACCAACAACAACAACAACAACAACAACAAAUUGGACCUUCCGGUGAUGCGGAACACUACACCGACGCUUACGACACCAGACUGGCCAAGCAACGUGCCUCCGUGAAAUGGCUGCUCUCGAAGGCAUACAACAAUCGUGUACCGGACAAUCUCCGGGAGCCUUAUUACCGUGAUCUCGAGGAUCAGGAACAUCUCAAGCCACAGAUCGUCCACACACUCUCAAAUGCCGAGCUUUACUGCAUGGCUCUGGCCAACAUUUACUCGGAUCCAAAUUAUCACAAUCAGAAUCAUUGGGGAAUACUUCAGGCACUUGCGAGAAAGGGUGUCUACGUUGCCGAGCCAAAUAACACUCAGCUCACCGAGACAAUACUCAUUCAGAAUUCACCACUUAAAAUGUCUGCACAUAUGGCUGUGAUAGAAGGCCUUAUGGUCUUGUACGCUAAGGAAGUGGUGACCGGUGAUCGUGUGGUCUCGGCAAUUCGACGUUUCGAUCCACCGGCAGACGUAGCGACACCAACGGAUCACGAGAAGGGCCUUUUGCUGUGGAUAAGUCACGCCUCGCACGCGUUAAUUGCCAAGAUUCAAACGGACGAGGGUUCUGGUGACAAAACCCGUUUGCCCGAUUUACCGGCUGCCAAAGAUUUUCAAUCGUUGUGCGACGGUGUUGGAUUGGCUGCUGUUAUUGCUUUCUAUUGUCCCGGUGAAUUGAACUGGAUGGACAUCAGAGUCUCAAAACGACCUUCGGUCGCCGAUGCUCUUCACAAUCUAUCCUUGGUGCACGCUUUUUGCAUAAGAUGUCUGCCGUACUCUAUAUUUCACAUGCAGCCUGAGGACGUUACUUAUAUGAGAGGGUCCAUGAAGCAGAACUUGGUGGUUUUUCUAGCGGAUAUGUACAAUGUAUUGGAGAUACAUCCGGUAAAAUGCGUGAGAUAUCCCGGCGAAGAGAGAGCGUUGCAGUUUUUAGAUGCCUGCCCGCGCAAUAGUCACGGGGUAGCUCAUAAAAGAAGUCUACCGCUGUCUAUAGCUCCGAUACCUGAUCUGAGAAGCAACCUCUCCGUGUCCGCGCCAGGCUUCACAGUUGCCAAAUCUGCUCCUCCAAUUUCUGUGAAGAAAUCGCAGUCGUUGCAGCAAACUGUCGAAAGUCAUUCGUUCGAUGAGAGGGGGAGCAAUGAAGAGAAUUUUAUCGUUCAUCGUGUCAAAGGUGUACCCACACUAAGUUCGGUAGCGGACGAAAAAUUUUCAGCCAGAGCCGAAGCAGCUGGACGACCUAGUAACUGGGAAGAUCAAAGACGAAGUUCGUACGCCGGACGACGUUCCCGGCGAAACAGCGUUACCGACGAUUCUCAGUUAACGAUCGAGAAUUUUGGCGGAUCUCAGGACAAUUUGCACAAUUUCGGCUGCGUGAGGAAUCCGGACAAAGAGAUCGGGGCUCAUGUUGGUAAGCGAACAACAACGGAACCAACGUUACCGGCACGCUCGAGCGUACAGGAUGUGUACGGUAGCGACGUUCAGCAUAUUUUGGCCGACAACGGUUACAACAAUGACGAGCCACCGCCAAGACUGAGAAGACAAGCCUCGAACUCGAGUCUUAACAACGUUACACUCAAGAAUAUUCUACAUUCCAGUGAAAACGAUAGUACGGACGGGGAGGCUACGAAAAUGGCUAGUUUUGCGAAUCUCAGUAGGCAGAGCUCCGAAAAGGGUAUUAAUUUGAAUUACACUGAACAAGAACGCGAAGCCAUGGCUGCCAAAUCGAAUUUUACGAAUAAAAAAAAUGCCCAGAGCAAUGGCAAUGCAACCGGAGAGAAGAAGACUACGUUUGCUACUUUACCCAACACCACCACGUGGCAACAACAAAGCCAUCAACAAAUUCAACAAACCGAACAGCACACGACAGACGAGAAUGGCGGAAACACAAUAGAAAUAUCGCAGUUAAAUAAAAUUCGACUGAAGCUCGAGGAGAAACGUCGACGCAUAGAGAAUGACAGAAGACGAAUGGAGGUCGUCAUGUCCAAGCAGCAACAAAAAGUUGGAGAAGCCGCGUUUCUGCAGGCAGUUACGAAGGGUAAGGUUAAAUCUCCUUCCUCAUCGGCAUCCGGGGGGGACAGCCCCGGAGAGCAUGGCCCCCCUAACCCGAUAAGCUCAGGAUCUUCUGGACUGACCCCGUCAAGCGUAGACGAGACACCCCCGGUAACACAACCAAAUUCUCAAGAGAAACCGCAGCGUCCUUUCACACUUAAGGAAAUUAGUGAAGGUGUCCGAGACGUUGAACACAAGUGGCUGGAACACGAUGGCAGUGCACCGUUCAUCGAAACGAGACGCACACCAGAUAUCGAGAAUAUGGAUCUCGACCAGUAUCAACAGUCAAUAUCGCAGAUGAACAACAGUCUAAGUGAAAUACAGGCCGAUAUUCAACGUCUAGCGAGUCAACAAAAUCAAAUUCAACAACAGCACAUCAUGACUCAACACCAGCAACAAAUGCAUCAACAACUUCAACAAUUGCAGAGUCUCAGUCAACAACACCUUCAGAAUUACGGCAUGUCCGCAAUGAAUCCAGUGCCAACUCCGAGGAUACAAGAGCCUCAGCAGUCGCAAUUUUAUUUGCACGAUCAGCCGCAACAAAUGGCUAGAAGAACGUGGGGUCGUCCACCAACGGCACAAAAUUUAGCUAAUGAAAUGGCUGCUGUGGGUUAUCAACAAUCUCCCAUGGACUCUCGCUAUAGUCCACAGCCUCAAGUUUACCAACAAGAUCCUCGAUUGUAUCAAGACACGAGGACUUGGGCUGUUCAUCCAAAUCAACAAAAAGGCUUUGUUCUCCACGACAACAGCCAGGAACAAAGGUACCUUAACGGUGGUGACCACAGUCUCUGCAAUACGCAGAUGCAUCAUCCAAUUCCUAGUUAUCCUUCGUCGUCGACACUCUUCAAUCAAACACCACCCUCUUCCGCUAGUCCGCAACAUCGUAAUGCCGUUCAUCGGAUAAGUCAGUUGAUGAACGAAAGCCCUGAAACAAAGAAGCCAACAGUUCACCACAUCCCAAUAACAUGCGAGAGUCCUACCGAAAAAAGACAGAUCAACACCACCCUCCAUACCCCCGUUCCAGCUCCAUCGGUCGACGAUAUGGAACCACAAAAUAUUUCCUUCAUUGGAAACGACGACGAUUUGCCUCAUGGUUUACGAGCAUUGCACAUAACAUCGGGAAGUCAAACUUACAGAAUACCUUCGCCGACGCGACCAUCGAUAUCCCGAAAUUCUUUCCAACCUCAUACGUCGUUCCGCGAAACGUCACCCUCGCCAUCUUCAACGCCUGAAGUUACACCCCUCGAUCCAACGGAUGCCGGUGAAAAAGGUUUUUACAUCUCAUUUGACAACGAUGGUCCAAAGAAGCCAAAACCAACGUUACGAGUCAAAAGAGCGUCACCGAAAAAGGAGCGUAAUGUGUCGGCGUUUAUCGAACAAGAAGACUUUUCCGUAAGACCGGACUCGCCACCGAACAAUGUUGCCGAACGCCAGCGACAAUUGGAGGCACAGAGAGACUUUGAGAAAGGAAAUAUCCGUCAAGCGGAAGGACGACAGCAGCAACGACAAGAAGCUCGAGAUCGUGAAUUACAGCGUGAAAUGGAUCGCGAAAGACAGAGAGAACGUGAUCGCAGUACCGAGGCUCGACAAACUACGGGCGUUGGCCUCGUCAUUGGACCGCAAUUGGCUAAUCCCGAUCCCAAUUCGAUCGACGAGAUGGAACGAAGAAAAGAGAGAAUAAUGCUUCUCUCCUUGCAACGAAGACAACAGCAAGAGGAAUUGAAAGAGAGAAAAGAACUCGAAGCGCAAACAAGAAGGGAACAGGAAAAACUCAAAGAAGAGACAAGAGCAAAGAAAAAAGAAGAGGAAAAACAAAGGAGAGCUGCUAUUUUGGAACAGCACAAAUUGAAAAAAGCUAUAGAGGAAGCCGAACGGGAGGGUAAGGUUAUCGACAAAGAAAUCCUCAAUGCCAUAAAACCCACAAAGCUACGUAAUAAGAAUGCACCGAGCCGUCCGCGUCCGAAAACGAUACACGGAGACGCGAGUGCAGAUUUGGACUCCGGAGUUCUCACACCUAGUCGGGGGAAGAAAGGUUCUUCCUCAAAUCUCAGUACAGCGUCGCUGAGCUCCACGACGAUGAGGCGAGACUACUUUCGAGGCUCGCAGGACAGUCUCACUGGUGCCCAGCUCGAAGAUCGGAGACACGGCAGCCUCUUUAGAGGUGGCAGCCUGAGGGUAUCUUCCGUAGACUCGCCCGAUGAUGGUAGAGGUUCAUCGCCAUGCAGAAGCUCCACGCAGCUCGGACGUCGCGGUUCCUGCAAAACGUCAAGAGAUGCACAGGAGCCUCAGCAACAAGUUAGAGGCAGGCCUAAAUACUCGACUAACCCAAACUUUAAGGGAAGAAAGUCUAAUUCGUUGAUGAAUUUGUGUGACACGGACAGUGGCUUGGGAAGAAAUACCCCACCGAGACGAGCAGCCAGUCCUGGGCUCAGCAGCAUGAGACUCAUGACGUCACCGUCCGGACAUGGCUCGCUACCUCCAGGUCUCAUGACCAAAAGGAGAGGCUACGACGAUGGAGGUAGUGAUAUCAGCAGCAAUACGAGCUCGAUGAUGGUGGAUUACAACGGUCCUCGUCUCUUCAAACAACCAACGACGAAAUCGAAUAGAAGCAUCAUGUUCAAUGCGGUUCAGUAUUGCGUCUUUCCUGGCACGGUUAAUCAAGAAGCUAAACAAAGAGUACUCGAUGAAAUAUCGAGAUCCGAGAGUAAACACUUUCUCAUAUUGUUCAGGGACGCCGGUUGUCAAUUUCGUGCUCUCUAUUCCUACUGUCCCGAAAGGGACGAGGUUUCAAAACUCUAUGGCACCGGACCCAAACAGGUCAUCGAUAACAUGUUCGACAAGUUUUUCAAAUACAACUCCGGAAACAAAUGCUUUUCGCAAGUUCAUACGAAGCAUCUGACUGUGACCAUAGAUGCCUUUACGAUACACAACAGCCUUUGGCAAGGCAAAAAGAUGAAUCUACCAAACAAGAAGGACAUGGCCCUCGUCAUAUAGUUUUACACUAUUGUCACCAUUCUCCUCUAACAUUUAAUGCUAAAAACUAAUGCCCUCUGUUGUUCAUAGUUACUAUUUUAAUACAGGCCCAUAUUAAAUUAAUCCGGAAACGUGUUUUUGCGUUCUUAGUCAAUUUUGUAAGGACAAGUCCAAUCGAUGCUCGGGGCAUGUUCCGCCACGUCUUGAACGAAACAGUUUUUACUUCCCAUUAAAGCACGUGUCACAAGCGUACCCGUUCUAAUUUUCGACGCGUUGUUUCGUUUUCUUUUUUUAAUUUGUUUUUCUGAUUUGAAAUAUUUUUUUUUGUUUUUUUAUACUUACAUUAGAAUCAACCAGCAUCGAUUGAAUAAUCAUAAGAUUUACCAGUAUCUACGAUAGGAAUUGUUUGUCGACGAUUUAGCUAAAUAUUCCUGUUUCAUCGUUCCCCGAUCAAUCUUCAAUACUAACUUUCGAUGCGUAAACAUGAGGACGAAGCAAAAUAUUUCUUUGAGUCUCUUUUUUUUUUCAUCAAGCUCCGUUGCUCUUUCGAAAAAAUAUUUACUCGUUUCAAAAAUUAGUAACGUCGAAGUUUUUAGAAAGAAUAUUUUGGGAGCUUAAUUCGAAAAACAAGAAUAUAACGCUAAGAUUAAUGUCAAAUUUAUUACAUCAGCUCUGAUCAAGAGUGGAGCGUUAUUCUGUGCGAAACACGAAAAAUAAGUGACGGUCACGAAAUCAAGUCACAAAUCUUGAAUUAUGAGAUAUUGAUUUAGCAAAAAAGGAAAGAAAUUUGUCACAUUGAAAUACGUUGGCCGAAUGGAAAUUGGCACUAUCACGCACUAUCUUCCCAUCCUCCCCAAUACUUGCUGCCCCAAUCAAGAUCCAAGAUCCACGACUGUUGACAGUUCGUGUUUUCCGACCAUAGUGUAAUUUGUAAUUCGCUUGUUGAGAUAUUGUGUAUGAGCAGUUCAUGGACAAAGAUAGUUUUGUAAAUAAAUAAGUUGAUCACCAUAAAUGAAGGAAAUACCAAAUCAGCCUUACAGUCAAUUUGGGCGUAAUUAUCGUUUUUUUUGUUUCUUUUUGUCAUAUUUUUUUUUCCAUCAUUACACGUUCAUUAUAGCACUUCGUCGUUUAUUAUAUUUUAUUUGCGUCAUAAUCAUUUUUCAACGGAUUAGCAAAUUCAAACGGCCAUUUCGGGUCUCGUAACUUCAAUGUCUCGGAAAACGUUAUUACGUGCUUGACACGUUAAAAGAUAUAGGAAAAAUUGCAUAAGUGUAAUUUUUAAUAGAAAUCGGUCGUAUAUGCGGUAUUUGACGCGCUAAUAUUUAUCCAAUUCUCAGCAACGAAACGUCCUAGCAAAAUUUUCCCUCCAUGCAUUCUUCCUUCCGGACACUUACAGAUUUAUUUCAAGCGGAUCUUCGACUGUACAUUAGGCAAAAAGCGAAACUUUUCUUUCUCAUCAUUCGGUGCUUUUCCGAAAAUUCCCAAAAUCAAAUUCUUUGAUUUCACCGAUUAGUAUACCUUCAUAACGGGCCACAGUAUUCGACGAUUCGAUCGCCUGGAAUAUAAUGAAAGUUUUCACUGAUGAAUAGAUUAACUACUACAUUUUGGUGCCGUGAAAACAGAUUAAGUUGUGAUGAUUCGCGAAUAAAUGUAAGAAUUUUGAAGUUGAAAAGUUUUGAAAACCAAACAAAUUUUUUUUCCAAGUGAAAACUAUAACUGGGAGAUACGUUCAAACGUAUUAAUAUUUUCCGGAUGAAAAAUCAAUUUUGGCGAAAUGAAAAAAUUUUAAUUUGACUUUCCUUUUACUGCCCAAGGUGUUUGAUGUAAUUUGUUGAAGUAAUUUAUGGAAAAUUUUUUGAUCGAGCUACAUUUACAAAGUUCAAGAUCGCGCGAAAUGGAUCUGGCAAUGGCGCCAAGGAAAAUGAAGAGAAAACAAUUUAUCGACAAAAUUCGACGAGUUUAUUAAAUUCUAUGAUUCAGGUAGAAAUGGAUGAAUGACAGAAAAUUAUAAAUAGUAAGAUUUCCCGUAGGAUUGUGCCAGAGGGCCUAAGAGACAUUGAAGCACUUCAAAGUCAAACGUAAAACUGCAAAAAACCAACUUUCAUGGGGUGAGCCUUGUGCAAAAGCAUAAAAACUUCUCGCAUUUAUUAAUCCAAUAAAGUUGUUCGACAUAUCGAUAUACCACAUUUUACCAUGCGGUUCCGAUACACGUGUUUUUCCAUUUUUCAAACAGCAAAAAAUUUUACAUAUAAUCGUAUGUCGAUGUGCGCGUAAAAAGAGUCGAGUCUCUCAAAUAAUGAAAAGGAAAAGUGUGACGAAAAGUGGAAACUAGUAAAAAUGAAGUGCGAUCUCUUGGCUCCCUGUUCGUAAACCUCUGUCUAUCGCAUAUUUUCACAAAAAUUUUAGCCAAACAUUUAAUCGAGAGGACAAAGUGAGCACAGACGAACAAGAAUAAAAAAUAAUAGUCCGACAUGACAAUAUCGAUUACGCGAAAAACGCCAUAAACGAAGAAUAUUACAAAAACUACUCGAACAAAAACGAGUCAGAAAGACUUCGCGUUGAAGAACAAAAAACAUGAUUACUUGGUCGAUUGAAGUGGAGGACAUAAGGGGAAAUAUAGUCACUAAUAUUAAGAUUCGACGAGAUCGAUUUCGUCGCCAACGAGGAAGAGAGCGAGGAGAGAGAGAGAGGAGUCGAAAAAACUGUGACGAUAAAAAAAAACAGAAACCACUGGAUUGGAUAACACUGAUCGAUGUAUGCUUGAUAUUUAUAUUUUUCAAGAGGAAAAUAUUGUUUAGUGUGCGGCUCUCUAAGAAGCAUAAAUAUUAAACGGAAGUGAGACAAGGAGUAUGAUUGCAAGAAAAACAUUGAGGGAAAGUAGUCUAACUGCAAGUUAUUUAGGAGUUGCAAAGGAGAUAAGAGAUUGACAAGUAAUGUGCGCCGGGUGUAUAUGUGUGAUUGUGUACGCUGCCGCAAAUCGCGCUUACUAAUGAUAAUUAAAAUUAUGAGAAAAAACAAUGAAAAAGCAAGAAAAAAAAACAGAUAAUCCUUUACGUAAUAAUCAUUCAUUUUUCUCGUCACGAGAAAAACGAAAAAAGCUCGUCAAGCAAUGGUUUUUCCAAUUUAUCCGUGUCUGUAAAUAUUAUGUUUUUAUAUACAUCCCUAUAUAUAUCUAUAUAUACAGAUAUAUAUGAAUAUAUAUAUGCACAUGCAUACAUACAAAUAUAUGUAUAUAUAUAAACGAUAAUUACUACUCGAUGACGUAUUUAUUAAGUACAUCAAGAAUUUGGGUCAUAUUUUACUGUUAGAAUCUUGCAGCAGCGAAUGUCAUGAGUUAUGAGAAAACAAAGAGUAAUGAAAGAAAAGUAAUAAACCCAUUAUCAACAGA